AUGGAUACCACAAUACAAACAGAAUCAAUUAUUCAAACGCAAGAUGAAGAUAUUAAAGGCCAAGAAGAAGAUAUUGAAACGCAAGAAGAAGAUAUUGAAAUGCAAGAAGAGGAUAUUAAAACGCAAGAAGACAUUAAAACGCAAGAUAAAACCCAAAAAGAAGCUAUUGAAACGCAAGAAGAAGAUAUUAAAACGCAAGAAGAGGACAUUGAAACGCAGGAAGAGCAUAUUAAAAAGCUUAAAACUACCUCUUUAAAGAGAUUUCUAAGUACAACAAAAUCACUAAUAACUAAUCUGGAUGGAUUCGAAUAG